CUUAACUUGUGAUAAAUUAUUAGUCAGUUUUCUUUUCGACAGCUUAGUGAGCACGCAAUAAGUACCACAAAUCUUAUCAGUCUAUUUUUCAAUCACCCCCCUCACCGUCGUCUUACACGCAUCGCCAUAGCUCACGCCAUUUCGACUCAUUCAUGGCUCCGUUGGGCUUACAAGGACUCAAUCUUGUUCAUAGUAAUUCUCCUACACCACAGGACCAUCAUGACCUACUGGCAUCCUCGCCUUUCCCCGACUUCUCAGCCCACCUUGACUUGUGGACAAACCUUGCCUUCGAGACCGACGAGCCUCUCGCACACAACAAGGGAAAAAGAAAGUCAGUAGACGAAUCAGAAGACGAAGCAACCGCCGCUUCUCCUUUAGGCUUGCCUAUCCAAGACGGCCACGAAAACGUCGUGCACCCUGCCAGCACCACCAUCACUCCCCACUCAGCACCACAGCUUGAUCUGAAUGCGUUAUUGGCUGGAUUUGGGAUCGACCCGUUCUCACUCCCACAAUCGGUGCCUACCCCCGCGGAUAACGAGGCGGUUCCUUCGCUUGCGCAAUUGCUUGCUUUGCAUACUGCUCAAGGAGGGACUUACUCUGUUCCACCUCCACCUCCUGUCGUACAUGCCCAGUCUGCCUCACAGCCUGCUGCUAAGCGGGCUCGUACUUUGAAAAGCCCAUCCUCUGCAGAGGCGUCGGAGCCUGCAUCACCAUCUUCGCCUACUGGGGAAGAGACCCAAGGCGAUUACACCAAUCCAUUAUCCGCUGCGGAAGACAAACGCCGCCGCAAUACUGCUGCCAGCGCACGGUUCAGAUUGAAGAAGAAGGAACGGGAAGCAGCGCUCGAGCGACGCUCAAAAGAGCUUGAAGAGCGUGUUGUAGAACUGGAACGCGAGUGCGAGGGCUUGCGUAGAGAGAAUGGGUGGUUGAAGGGACUUGUGGUGGGCGUCACGGGCGCUGGUGGGAAAUAAGGGUAAGGAACGACGUAGCGCUGUUGAGCGACAAGUCUUCUGCUGAGUGGGGAUUAAGCGCUCUCGGCGUUUGGCGCCAGGGAUAAGAUAUCCCUUCGCGAGGUGAUGGAUUAUGAGGAGCUAUCGCACGACGAUGAUGGAGCGUAGAAAUCCCGACACGGUGGCAUGAAGUGGCGGGCACCAUGAAGUAUUCAACCGCUUUGUAUUAUUAUCGAUAUUUUUUGGCUGUUUUGAUUUUUUUACCGUACUUUCAUGAACAGCGAGUACAAUUUUUGUUAUCAUGCGGAGUUCCGAGGCAGUGAAUUCUCACUGCUGUUUGUAAACCGACAUUGUGGCGUAUCUACUAUGGUGUACAGAUAUCGGUGUACAUAUGAUCACCGCACGACCUUUAUUUGGCCUUGUUGAAAUCGGAAGUCGAGCAUCUCGUUGUUCGCUA